UCAUUUCCAUUCCGACAUCACUCUCUGUGGCACACACUGCUUGGUCGGCUGCCGAGAUGAGACACAAGCAGCUGCACGGAAAAACACAAUCGGUGAAAUUAUCUUUCUACAACCACUGCUGAAUAUGUCGAGGAAGUACAAUUAAUGGAGCCGGCUUCAUCCAUGGAUAUAUCCCCGGAGGUUUCGCGAAAUCUGUGGCGAGAUUGCUUUUGCAGAGGAAAUACGCCUUCAGAGCAGGAGAACAACCAAUCAGCCGUGGCCAACCAAAGAUAAACAAGCCUUAUGAUAAGACUAAACUCUCAGGUUUACCCAGGCUGUGUGCAGCCCUAGUGAACUAUCAUGCUGGCCUGUAUCCAGAGACGGCAGAAUCUCUCGGCGCAGAGUCUGGCCUGCACACCUAAAAGCCUUGAUGUUCCACCACCGCCAUUACUGCUGUCAGUACCUCCACUGCAGCCGUGCACCCACAAAGGCGAGCCAGCCUCCAUGAUUUCUCGGUACCCUUCUCCUGCAGAGUUGGAUGCUUUUGCCCAGAGGACCGCCAACAGCCCGCUGUCCAUCAAAAUCUUUCCAUCUGACGUGCGGGUGCCGCAACAUAAACAGCUCAACAAAACAGUCAACGGCUUAGACACCACAGGCCAACGCUAUAGCUCCUAUUCACACCCGUACUCAGGAGUCUACCAGGGUUUGUUGGCCGUCGUCAAAGCCUCUGUGGUAGUCAAAGGUGUGGUGAAAAACUCUGAGGGCAGGAGGACUAAGCAUUCAAACACCCAGACUUCUGUGGCACCGUAUAAUAAUCCUCUGAAUAAUGGCUACACAGUCAGACACGGGCAUAAGGCCUAUCAUAUAAGCUCAUGUAAGCCCCAUGAUGUUCCCAUUGAGACACUUUGUUCUAGCACAGGGAUGGCCUCCGGAGAUCAGAGCCUGGCCCCCCAGUCAGAGCUGGCAGAGGUUCAAAGCCUGAUGAGGCAGAUGAGCAGAGUUCCCCACAGCCAGGCCCUGCAGCUGGGGGGAGAGGCUCGAGCCAGCCCCUCUCUGCAGGCUGUGGCUGCAGUGGCACAUUCAGACUCAGACUUUGUCCUGGGAGUGCCGCCCCAGAGCAGUCUCGCAUUUACGGGGGCAGUGCUACCCACACAGAGUGCAGACAUAGCCAAAGCGGGCCACUUGGAGAAAGGAGACUACACAGUGUGGCAGCAUAAACAUCCAAUUCAGCAGCAGCAGCAGCAGCCGUAUCAGCAGGGAGCAGUGAGGAUGUACAGUGUGAGUAACGGUGCUCCGAGGCACAGAGCUGCAGAGGCUGGGGUUGGCCAGUCUCCUGAAACCUGCCUCCCUUUGCCGUGCUCCUCACAGCUGCCAUAUAGGCCGCAUCCUGCCAGUGUGGGCGCCAGGCAGGAGCGAGUCAGCAGCUCAUCUCUGAACUGUGCCGCCAUGCAAGGGGAGCUCUCCGUCGGACAGUACUUCGCUCCUCUCUGGGACAGCAUCAUGGCCACCCCGAAUAGCGACUGUUAUACUUCUCAGGUGCUGGCAACGGGUACAUGUGCAGCCAGGCCUAGAGACCUGGGGCUCUCCCAUCCCCAUCCCCAUCCCCAUCUCCACCCAAGCCGCCAUCAACACCACCACCACCACCCACAGAGACACCAACCGCAGCUCCACCCUCCUCUUCCUCCUCAUACCCAGGCCUACAGCACAGACCAAAACCUCUGUUGUGGGCUGCCUAGUACUAGCCUGUGCCACGCUGCAGUACUUAGCAGCAGCCUGCAGUCUCUGGAGUGCCUCAUCAGUGAGAUCCACCCUCCCUGCAUCAAAGAGCGCAUGCUAGGCCGUGGGUACGAAGCCAUGGGGAUGCCUCAGCUACUGGAGCACCACCAGCAAACCCACAUCCAGCUCCCCAUCUACAGAUAAGACGCGGCGUGCUGCCACACAACGGGACGCGGACGUGACAAACCUUUUAUAGACAUCUAUGAGAAUGAGACAUGCCUUUUUAGUUUAUGCAUGUACUGUAUUGGUAGAAGGCUUUGUGUUUCGAGCCUGGAAAAGGUAAAUGAUAAUCAUGACUUAAGAUACAGGUUUAUCUUAUGGACUUCUCAUGUCUUAUUUUUAUAUCUUAAAUGGCCAUCAGAUAUGCCUGCUGUUCCUCGUUUAAUACAGAUGCUGAGCACCCAAUCAGAGUUUCCCAUUUCAUUUUGACUGUGUAUUUGGCAGAUGACUCCCCUGUAGGCCUUUACAAAAUUACUGAACUGGUAUAAUCGUUGGUACCCUUCUAAAAACUUAAAUCUGGGAAGGAUCGCUGGUUACAGUUUUUGUGAAUAUAUUGUAUAUUUUUACAUAAAAUGGCUUCUUUUUUUGAACAUUCCUUGAUUAUUAACUGGACUUUUGGUUGUCUGCUGCUUCGUUUUGUCCACUCUUCAGUGAUUCCUGUGUUAACAAACAUACGCAGUCAGCUUCUGCAGUAUGUUGCAAAUAUCCUGGCCACUGUAUGGGGAAGCAUUUUGAUCAUUUGUAUACAAAUGUGAAUAUAUAUAUUUUUUGUUAUGCAGCCAUAGACAAAGUGUAAUUUAACCUGUAGUCAUGCUCAGCACAAUGUAUUAGGACUUUUGCAUAUCCAAAUCAACACUGUGGCAGUUCAGGCCAAGCGAGAUGUGCCCUUCACUUGUAUUUUUGUUGACAUUUUCUACAUUUUUGGACAUUUUUCUUGAAUGAAAUAAUCUCUGGAAGGCUGUGACGCUGUCGCACAACACCUGGGUAUAAACUGUAUGAGUGCCAUGUCAGAGAGCGGGCCACCUGAAUCAUUUACAGAUAUCUUCUUUGUAGGGCUAUAUUAUCUCUGAUGGUGUGAGAUGUAUGACUGAGUAGGUCUUUGUGUGUCUGCACUGGUUCUGUAAUACUAUUUAUUUAUGUCAGCCUGUUGAGUUAUAUGGCAAACUGUCUCUAUAAUUAUAAAGUGCAAUUAUUAUAUAUGAACAUGUGAGUGCUCUCCAUGAAGUAUGUUGUUGAAAUAACUACAUUUUGCAAUGUAUGACCCUGAUCCCUCAACCCCCUUUUUUUGCCUCUUCUUAAUAAGGAUUGUCAAGUAAAUGAAAUUUUCUAAACCCAGCACAUAGUUUGUGUUAUUAGUUAUUAUGUGCCAGACAUGCAGCCCGAGAAGAUGGUUUUAUUAUGUUCAUGAAUGAUAAACUAGUUGUGGAAAGAUGAGACAUUUUCCUGGUGUUAUUGCAAAGGGAUUUAAGGCUUAACCACCUGGCAAAUGUCUUUUUUUUCCCAGUCUCAGAUCUCAUUUUAUUAAGAUCUCUCUUUUCACUGGAGGAUGUCAGCUUUAUAAUGUAAUGUAAAUCGAUCCUUUGCUCAAAGAUAUUGUACUGGUUCCUAUAUAA